AUGGAGGCGCAGCCGGAGUUGCCGCAGGAGGUGGUGGAGCAGCUGGAGAACCUGGCCGUGGGGCCGGGCGGGCAGCGGGCGGCCGACCAGGAGAAGGUGCCUGGCCCUUCGAAGGGCGGUGGGGAAGCCCAGGACCCUCUACCCCCAGCCGCAGGACCGCACCACUCGCCGCCGCCCGCCGUGCCCCCUUCGCCCGCCGCCGCCCUGCCCUCGUCGGACUCGGACAGUGAUACAGAUUCAGAUAGUUCAUCAACUACAGUCUUCUCAUCAUCUUCAGCAGUAUCUGAUGAGGAUGAUCAUCCAAAUGAGAAGGGUAACAGAUCUUAUUGUAUUAGGACAAAGGAUGAAUUGCCUAUUGAGGAACUGCCUCCUGUUGAAGACUUAUCAAUAAUUCUUCCAGAUAAUGUUGAACUGAAGGUCUUUGGGACAGUUUCCAGCAUCAUUGAGCAGCUAGUAAUAAUUGAAUCACUGAGAGGCCUACCUCCAGUAAAUGAGGAAAGCAUAAUUUUUAAAGAAGAUAGACAAGUAGCAGGAAAGAUAUUUGAGAUAUUUGGUCCUGUUUCACAUCCUUUUUAUGUGAUAAGAUUUAACAACUCUGAGCAUAUCAAAGAGAAAGGUAUUAGUGUGCAAGACAGCAUGUAUUUUGCUCCAUCAGUGGAGGACUUCACCCAGUAUAUAUUUGCAGAGAAACUAAAACAGGAAAAAGGUUCUGAUGCGUCUUGGAAGAAUGACCAGGAACCACCACCUGAAGUUUUGGAUUUCAGUGAUGAUGAAAAAGAGAGAGAGGCGAAAGAGAAGAAAAAGAAACCUCAAAGUCGAGGAAGAAAGAAAGUCAGAUCAGAAACAUUUCCACCAAGUGAGAAUAACAGACCUCUUCAGUCAGUGCAACGGCCUGCUUCGAGUUACUCAAGGGGAUACUAUGGCAGAGGGUUCUCCUUCUCCAGGGAUCUAUUUCCUCCUCCAUCAGGCCCUCGAGGGUUUUUCAGACCAAAUGUAAGACCACCACAGCUGUACUUUUCAGACAGGAGGAUAUACCAGGAAUCACCAAUGUUUCCACCGCCUCAUAGAAGAGAAAAUCCAAUGAUGCAACAGUAUACCUUUCCUCCUCCAGAUUUUGGUUACGUCAGUGAUGCGCAUCAGUUCUACCCUCUGCCUCCAAAUAUGAAUAUGAUGUGGCCAGGCCCAAACAUGUACAAUUCAUCCUACUCAUUUCUGCCACUGCCGCCACCGCCGCCACCGCCGCCACCUCCUCCAGACAGCCAUCCUCCUCAGUUCAGGCCUUACUAAGAUUCCAUACGUGUCCAUGUAGAGCAUUGCAGUUUGCAGGGAGAAAGAACAGCCUGCCAGGACUGCAUUCCCUUGUUUUGGAGAUGAUUUCUUUUACUGCAGUGGUAGAACAAAUGCAGAGUUUUGUGCUU